AUGUAUUCACAAUAUGUCGGACCUGUCGACAUUGCUAUCAAGGCUAUUUGCAAAAAUUAUACAUUUUCUGAAUUAUAUGAAAUAGCGGCACUAUGCAAUGUACUCCAAUGCAAUAUACGAAGUGUUUAUCCAAAAAUUGAUUUUCAACAAUAUAUGGCGGUUUGGGAUAAUGUCUUUACACCUGUUUCACCUAUUAUUGCUAAUUGUAAUAUUGUAAUUAUUGUAAUUAUGUGGUCAAAUGUCUUAAAUGAAAAAAAUGCUCGAGAGGCAAAUAAUGGUACGUGGAGUCCAAAUCAUUUUGUUCCACUCAUGCCAGUAGAUACUCAAAACGAUUCUAAUAAUCAUGAUCAGUCAACAUCGCUCGCGGUUACUCCUGAAAAAAGAGCGUUGAAGAAUAAUACUGUUACUCAAAUACGAAUUCCUGAAUUUCAGUCUUCUCCCAGCAGACGUUUUCGAAGUGAAGGCAGCAUCGAAAAUAACUUCACUCAGCCAAUUACCUCAAAUACAAUGAACAAGGAAAAGAAUGAUAAAAAAGAACAACAUCAAAAUCGACUAGAGAAGAAAAGAGAACAAAGUGGAUCGAGUCGAAUGAAUGAAUCAGAAAAACAACGUCAGAUUCGACUUGACAAAGAGAGAAAUCGAAGUCGAUCGCGUCGAAUAACUGAAACAGAAGAGCAGCACCAGAUUCGACUUGAGAAGAACAGGGAACAAACUCAAUUCAGUCGAACAAAUGAGUCAGAAAAACAACGUCAGAUUCGACUUGAGAAGAACAAGGAACAAACUCAAUCCAGUCGAACAAAUGAGUCAGAAGAAAAGCGUCAGAUUCGACUCCAGCAACAAAAAAAACGAACUCAAACGAGUCGAGUUAAAAAGAAAGUUGGAAAACAGAUGCAUGAAAACAUCGAUAUUGAACUAGGCAAUACCCAGAUGCAGUUCUCCAUUCAUCCGCCUUGGCCUGAACCGAUUCCUCGUGACUUGAAGGAAACUCGUUUACAACAAUUUUUAGAACAAAUGUCCAUGUCAGUGCUGGCUGAAGCUACGUGUGCAGUUUGCAAUGUCCGUACUCCAGCAAAAGACUCGAAGAAAAUUUCAAUUUCAAAAAUUCCUAAUAUUCAAUUACUUAAAAUUUCCGAAGGACUCAAUGAUUUAAUUAUAAACAUUCAAUCAACAUCACUACAAAAUUCAAGAAGAGAUACAGAAAUGUUCACCAACAAUAAUAUAGAGAUAACUGAGCGUACUGCAAAUCCUUCAACUUUUGAUUCAGCGUCGUUUUAUUGUCAAAACAAUGUUAUCUUAUAUAAAAGUGGUUUAUUUCAACAAAAUAAAGUGGAUAUGUGUAUCCUUUGUCAAAAAUGUCAUGGUGCUCUUUCGAAGGGAUCUAUUCCUAAGUUUUCAGCUGCCAAUAAUAUGUGGUUAGGUGAUAUACCUGUUGAAUUACAAGGAUUGACGAUUCCAGAAAAAAAAUUAAUAUCACUUUAUCGUCACAAUAGCUGCAUAAUAAAACUCCAUUCCCCUUUUCAUUCAACUACAACUGCCCAAACUGCACUGAAGGGUAAUUGCAUUACCUUUGUUCAAAACGUACCAAAUAUUGUCAAUAGUUUGCCACUGUCACUUGAUGAUCUAUGUGAUACACUUAAAGUGAUUUUUAUUGGAGCUCGACCUCCUGUUCGUAUUCAUCUUAAAAAAAUUCUAACAGUGCGCAAGAAGAAAAUUAUUCAAGCAUUACAUUGGUUGAAAAAAAACAAUAUACUUUAUAAAGAUAUCAACAUAAAUUUCGAAAAUAUCGCUCAAUUACCAGAAGACGAUGUACCAGAAUGUAUUAUGUCAACAUUAGAACAAAAGUUAGAUGAUGAAGAAAUUCAAUCUGAAAGAGUCGGAUAUGUUCCUGAUCCAUUAUCCAAUCCCAUCGAACAUACUCCUACAGAUGCUAUUCCCAUUAGUAACAGGUGA